AUGGCGCGCGACUCAACCGAAAAAACCAACGCAGCACAUUCACCUUCACGGACGAGAGCCAGAGAUCAGGAUAAGGAUAAGGAGUUCCCGUUUGAGGAUCUUGAUAAUAGUAUAGAGGGCCAGGAGAAGAUGGCGCGGGUGUGGAAGGAUGUGUUUGUGUUGGGGAAGGGGGAGAAGAAGGGGAAGAAGGAGAAGGAGAAGCACGAGAGUGCUGGUGCUGGUGCGAAAGUGAAUGGUGAGAGUGGGGCGCCGGGAAGUUUGGUGAGGGGGAAUAAGAAGGAGCGGAAGGUGCAUGGGUUUGCGAAUGAGAGCAAGGAAUUGUUGAAUAGAAAUGGUGAGAUGAGCGACCACAUUGGUACUCAAAUCAAUGGGCGUAUUCCAGCCGACCACCCCAACGAACCGACCCAGACCGUGGAUGGAGAGCUUCAUCUCAGCAGAAAGGAGAGGAAAAAGGCUAAGAAGGCUCAAAAAGAGCGAGAGUUGCGGGAACAGAGAGAGCUGGGGGUUAGCCGAGCAAGGGACGUCGGUGCCGAGGACUCAAUGAUGAGUGUAGCUGUUGCGGAUACGCAGAACAAUCACCAUAUCAAUACCGACAAUCAGACUACAGGAAGUCAUGGUCAAGACGUCAGCCAUGAAUCCCAAGGAGCGGGACGCAAAAAGCACAAGAGGAAGCGUGGGGAGCCUUUGCUUACUGCCAAUGCUGAUGAUUCUAUUCUUGGAUACGGCGGGGAUAUUGAGGUUAACGAGGGCGGGAGGAAGAAAAAACGUAAGAAGAGCAAGGAGAAGAAGUCUAUCCGAGAACUAAAGCCACGAGUUAAGAGCGCGGAGGAAGACAGAGCCGAAACGUUUGGCACUUCCCUCAAGAAAGAGAAGGCACAUGAGGGCCAUGAAGAAAAUUCCGUUCGGGAGGAAACACCAUCGCCAGCCGAGAAGAAGCGGACCCGUAGGGAAACAACUGUUGGUGUUCUAGACACGCCGAUCAUCAAAGGAUUCAAGGACUACGCUCAUAGUUACAUGAAAGGGGAACGCCAAAAGCAGACACCAGCGGGUGAAACGAAGAAUAUUAUUGCCGGAAAACACUCUCAAAAACCAGCACUCCUGCUUCACUCUGGUCUUGAGCAUAAUACAAACGUAGACGCUAGCGAAACGACCGCCUCUGCCUCCGAAUCAGAUGAGGAAAGCAAUGGCAAAGCUGUCACUUCUUCCGCCGACGAGAGCUCGAAACAAUCCCAGAGACAAAAUCACAACUCCGCAGUCCCAGCACCCCUUCCCCGAACAUCGUACACCUCAUCCGAAGAAGACCUCGACGAUCGUUCGGUUGAGCUAGAGAAGGCAAAAGAGAAGAGCUAUCUGCUCCCAGCACAUUCAAUGGAAGCCGAUAUCAUCAGACAAGAAUACUACGCUUCGCGCAAAGAAGAACUUCGCAAGACCAUUCUCCGCGCCAGGAGAACAUCGACGGACAAGUCGGCUCCGGGUGUAGAUGAUGCAGGAAUAGACAGUUCGGCGGACGAAGGACCACUUGCGCAUACAAUCAAAGCUCCGAGAGUCAAAGAAUCCCCUAUCCCACCCCCAACCCAGCGAAAGCAACUCGGUGGCCGAUCUGCAACUUGCACGCCUAUGCCGGUGCCUGAAUACAAGAAGCUAGCUAAAGGACGCCGAGCAAGCAUCGGUGAAACCGAUUCUCUAUCCAAAUCCAAAGCCACAAAUAGCAGUCUCCGUAAAAACUCCCUGGGUAAGAUAUCGCCAGCUAUGUUUGGCAAUCUGAGUCCGGAAAAUACCAAGAAUGGAAGAGAUUCUAGCCGUCAAGUUAUUACGUCCCCUGAAAUCGCAUUCGAUGAUAAAUUCGUCAUGGUGGAAGAUCCAGCCUGGGAGACAGAACUAGGAAAAGUGCGCGCGCGCGUUAGUGGCGACGAUGCGGAGGGUGAAGAGAACAUCGCAUUCUCAUCUACGUACAUCAUGGCGCACCCUGAAGGUAUCCAGGUAGGUAAUACGAGGUUUUCUCAACUCAACAUCGCUGCUCAAUCUUCAUAUUCAUUUGUUGAGGAUGUGAAAAGUAGAGCGAGGCACUGUACUUUUGCUGCUGGGAAGAGAGCCGCUGUCACGGUUGGGGUUCAGGGGGAGGCGUCGGGCAAGCGGUUUGAGAUGAGGGCUGGUGCCAACAACUCCGCCACCGUAGAGGAAGUAGUAGACGCCAUCUCGCUCAUCUUCCUAAACCGCCUAUCCCCCAUCCAAUGCGCCAGUCUUCUCACAUUCCUCCAAACCACAGCUCUCAGCCAAAACGCCGAGGUUAUCGCCAAAUGCGCGGCCAGAAUGCGUGACGCUGGCUCGCAAGUCGACUGCCAACUGGUACAGCACGCUGUCAACUUGCGUACGUCGGAGAAGGCCAGAGGCUCGUAUUGCGGCGGGUUGUGCACCGUGGAGGGAACGGGCGGUGAUGGGUAUUCCACCUUCAACUUAUCUACCGCAGCGGCCAUCAUCGCAUCAGCAUACGUCUUCAUCGCCAAGCACGGCGCGGGCGCGUCGUCUUCUAGCUCGGGCGCCGCAGAUGUACUACGUGCUAUCGGUGCUAGCUCUGCUGAUAGACACCCACGCAUUUCCCCAGUCCUCGAGAGCGUCACGCCGGUAUCGUUGCCUGCGUUCUACGAGCAUGGAAGCUUUGCCUUUCUGUUUUCACCCGUCUUCCAUCCUGGUGUUAAGUGGGCGGCACCGGUACGUAAGGAGUUGGGAUUCAAAACUAUCUUCAAUGUUCUUGGUCCGCUGGCGCAUCCCUUGACCCCAAUUAUGGAGGCUAGAGUGGUGGGUGUUGCCCAGAAACAGCUGGGUCCUAUUUAUGCAGAAGCGUUGAAAUUGUUGGGCGUGAAGAAAGCAUUAGUCGUAUGUGGCGCAGAGAGCUUGGACGAGAUUAGCUGCGCAGGACGAACGUUCUGCUGGAGUCUCGUUGAAGAUCCUCACUGGACCGUGGAUGAAGAGGAAGGCGUUUCGGUUCGCGUCGAGGAAUUUUCACUGACGCCGGCCGAUUUUGGACUUCCAGUACACUCCCUGAGCGAAACCUCGCCCGGUAAAACGCCUUCGGAGAAUGCGGCUGUGCUCGUAAAAAUGAUAUUGGGCGAGCUCUCAGACGAUGAUCCAGUCCUUCAUUUUGUUCUAAUGCACGUAGCGGCGCUUUUUGUGUAUGGCCGAUGCAAGUCUGGGAGUUCCAUUGUAUGUUUGAAGGCUUGUAAGUUACGCACCCAGGUCAAGCCAGUUAGGCCGAUGUAG